AAUGCUGGUUCGGCAGGAACCACGUGACCAAGCGAUGUCCGCGGGCCGACGAACGGGAGCUAAAUGCAGUUGGGCCAUAGCCUUGUAAGCCUCAACCACCCUUCCAGGCAAUGAGUUCCAGAUACCCACCACUCCGUGGAUGGAAAAGAAAUUCUCACAUCCUUCUUAAUCUCCUGGUCCCCUACUUUAAAUUUAUUCCCCUGGCCAUUGAUCCCUUCAUCAAGGAGGAACAUUCCUUCCUGUACAUCCCCACCUCCGGGACAUCUCUGCUUCAAGACUCCUCAAAGGAAAAUUGUGAUCACCUGGCAGUCGUGUCACUCCAGCUGAUCUACAGAACAGUGGCUGAAGUCAAAGUGUUCUAGAGCAUCUGUAACUAAGAAAACGUCUAUUUCUCUAAGUAUUCAAACAUGGGUGACAUGAAGACCCCAGAUUUUGAUGACCUCCUAGCUGCUUUUGACAUUCCCGAUCCAGACCUCGAUGCCAAGGAGGCUAUCCAGUCAAGCAGUGAGGAAGCAGAAAGUCAUUUGAAGCAAGGUGGUAUGGGUAUAGAUGAGUUGUCUAUGCACCACCCCAUACCUGACGUCCCAGUGGUGAGCGUUAUUGUUAAGAACACCAGCCGACAAGACUCCUUUGAUUCCAUCACUGAGAAGGAUGGCCACCAACUUGGGCAUAAUUUGCUUCAAAACGGGUUUCGGAAUUCUGAUAUUGCCUCUGAUACCCAUAGUAUUGGAAAUAGUUACAGCAAGAUGGUCACUGCUUUCAUUAAUGGAGAUAGUUCCAGAAGCUACUCUGAUAAAUUUGACACACCAAGGUCAGAAGCUCUACCAGCAUUCAGUCAGUUUAGUCCUAUUUCUAGCCCAGAGCCGGAAGAGACCAUUCAGGAUGCUCAUGUUGUGGAUAGCAUUAAAAGAGAUGAGCGACCUUACCUUGGUUCUGUUGGCCUGUAUGUUUCUACAGCAAAUUCUUUGAUGGACAGGACAAGGGAACGACCUGAACAAGCUGUGACUGAGCUGAGUAUGUUUGAUGAAUAUUCUAAAAAACGAGAGAAAGCAAAUGAGAUUAGAAACUGUAACAUGAAGGAUGCCAGCUUGGGGCCGAGGACAAACUCAAUAAAUAUAUCUGAAGGUGCAGAGAAAAACGACAAGGACUUUGAUAAAAGCAGCAGUUUGUUUGACAGCUUACAGCCGUCAAGUGAUCUCCAUAAUAAUAGCAUAGAAGAGCCAAAGAGCAGCAGUGUUCCAGAGAUGAGCUUGUGCUCUUCUGUCCCACCUCGGCAGCGUUUAAAAUCAGAUCAUUCAAAGCUGUCUUCUUGCUUAGCAGCAUUAGUAGCUCUUAAUGCCAAAAAGACAUCAGAAUUCCCAAAGGAAGAACAAAAAGAAAACUUUAAAGAAUCCUUGUUGGCUUUGAAAGAUGGGAUCAAGGGCAGCCCCAAAAUGGCAAAGUCACCAAAGAGUCCAAGAAGUCCAAUGGAGGGAGUGAAGAAAAUCAUAAACAAACAGCCUGAUAGCCCAAGGAGUGUGUCCAGUGACUAUAGUGGCAAAGGCUCCCCCUACGUUGCAACAGGUUCACCACCAGCCAUCCCGAAAGUAAGAAUCAAAACCAUUAAAACUUCCUCUGGUGAAAUUACCAGGACUGUGACCAGAAUAAUGCCAGAUUCCGAACAAAGUGAGUCAAGGAGUUCACCAGAACAGUCGCUGACUGAAAUGGCUUUCACUGAGGAGUUAAAUUUAAGAUCUAGCCCUGUGACCAUUUCAUCAUCACAGACCCAUACUUCAACAACAGUGGAGAAUGGAAAGAAGCAAAUGUCAGCCAGAAACAUGGCUAAUGCAGUCAGUUCUUUAGCUGGUAUUCCUGUCAAAGGACCUGAAAACAUAGAUGACAACAGCAACUCGAAAGCCAUCGCUGUAACAAAUGUACUAGCUGAAGAUGCCCACAGUGUCACCAUGAAGGUUGCUGGCACAGCCCAACAUAAACAGGCUGCAUCAAAGCACUCAUCUAAUAUCUCUAGUACAAGUCUUCUGCCAAAAGCUGUUCACCUGGCAAGCCUUAACUUGGUUCCACACAGUGUUGCAGCAACUGCUACUGCAAAGUCCAGUACUUUGCGGCAGAGCCAACAAAAGAUUGCCACUCAGGUGGUAACAGUGCCACUGGUACAACAAGUCAAGAAUACAGUUCCACAACAUAAUGAAUCUCCUACUUCAAAUCAGAACAUUGUUGUUGAAGCUUUUAACAAACUGUUAAAUAGUACAAAUCCUGUGCCAAUCUAUGCGCCAAACCUUAAACCGCCUGCAAAUAGUAAUGUAACCAUGCCAGCUCGUGGCUAUCGUUGUUUGGAAUGUGGAGAUGCAUUUGCUCUAGAAAAGAGCUUAUCACAGCAUUAUGAGAGGCGAAGUGUCCACAUUGAGGUGAUGUGCAGUCAUUGUUCCAAAAUGAUGGUCUUCUUCAACAAGUGCAGUUUGCUUUUGCAUGCACGGGAGCACAAAGGCAAAGGUGCAGUUAUGCAAUGCACUCAGUUACAGAUGAAACCCAUCCCUUCAGACCAAAUGUUUUCAACUACCCCAGUGACAUCUUCUGUUCCGUCUGGUCCUCCUGCCCAGGCUGCGACUUCUGCCCAAACUGUUGGGAGUUUAACAGUAAUUGGGGUUGACAACCCACCUUUCACUCAUCCUGCCAUGCCUCUGCGCUGUGAUUCACUUCGAUUAAUACGCCAUGGCUUAAAAUGUCUUGAAUGCUAUCAGCAGUUCCAGGAUUACAAUAAUCUUGCGGGGCAUUACCAGCAGAUGACAGAUGAUGCUGAUGCACCGAGUUGCCGAGUCUGCCAGAUGAUGCUGCCCAACAAAUGCAGUUAUGCCGCUCACCUCCGCAUCCACGCACACAAGUCCCCUUAUUGUUGUCCAGAGUGUGGUGCAGUAUGCCGUUCAGCUGAUUUUCAAACUCACAUCAAGGAAAGGUGCCUACACUAUGCACGGACAGUAGUGUAUAGGUGCGUGCACUGUGGAAUCAUCUUUAGUGAUUCGAAUACACUCAAGAGUCACCUUCAAGGCACCCACUGCGAAUUUUUCCACAAGUGCACAAUUUGUCCCAUGGCCUUCAAGUCAUCCCAAAGUGCCAGCUCUCAUUACAGCUCUCAACAUCCGUUAGUUAAACACUGGCAAUCUGAAGUCAUCUUAAAGUGUUCAAUGUGCGAAACUGUAUUCAACCAGCGAGCUUUGUUACAUAAACACUUGGAACAGCACAAAAACAAGUUGAGAGUGUGUGUGUACAAGUGUCCUGUGUGUAAACUGCUCUACAUGCACAAACAACUGAUGAUGGAGCACUUCAAGGAUGUUCACAACAAUGCACAAACCAUUGACAAGCCUCCAAGCCCCCUGUCUCCCUCCAAGGACAUAUCCAGUGACCAGAAAGCAUCUACAGUGCAAGUAGCUGCUAAUGGUGUCACCUCCAACAGUUUGAACAACGACAAAAAGGAUGAAGCUAUUGUGGAGAAGUCUGAAACGCGACCAAAAGUUAGGAGGCCUGGCUGGACGUGUGCCGAAUGUCUGCAAUGGUUUCCAGAGAGAGAGCUCUAUGUAUCUCAUAUGAAGAGAAGUCACGGAAAGUCUAUGAAGAGGUAUCCAUGUCGACAGUGCGACCGCUCCUUUAACUCCUCUCUCAGCCUACGGAGACAUAUCCGAGUUAACCAUGAUGGUGUCAAGAGAACCUACACUUGUUGGUACUGCACAGAUGAAAAGCACUUUUUUGCUAAGCGCUUCAUGCUGGAGAAACACAUCAACCUAAUGCAUGGCAUUAAGAAUCCAGACUUCAGCCAGAUGCCAAAAGCUGUGCACACGCGCACAGACACAACAGUGGAGGACUUGCCUGGCAAGCGAAUGGCUAGUGACUCAGAAGUGGGUGAGCUAGCCAGUUCCGACAUCUUGGCAUCACUUCCUAAGAAGCUGAAGGUCACAGUGUUCAAGCAAUACAGAUGUUCCAUAUGUGGCUACAUGACCAAGAGCGAAGCUGACUUUCGGCAGCACAUACCUCAGCAUAAGUCUGAUGGUUCCACCUUUCAGUGUUCCCAGUGUGGGCUCUGUUAUACAUCUCCACUCUCUCUGAAUAGACACCUCUACAUUGUCCACAAACUCAAGGAACCUGAGAAGGUUCAUGCAGCCGAUGUGGUUCGUGAAAAUGGACAAGAUGAACACAACAGGGAGUCAAACACUACAUCAGAGGAGGACAUCGAUCUUCAGUGCCAGGUCUGCAAAGAUGUUUUUGACAGUGAGAUGGCGUUGAGCGCUCAUGUACGGACUCAUGGGAUGAGGUUUAUACUAUCCAAGCAGAAUGGAGGAUCGGAACAGUGACUGCACCGACACUAAGGGGAGACUUAAUAAUCCAUCUCCAUCGUGAAUGAGUCAUGCGGUGACCUCCUGAGAUAAACUUGCGUUCAUUGAUACAUUACACAGCAACCUGUAGACAAGUGAAGGAAAGUGGUACUUAUUCAAUGUUAUCAGACAAGCUUCUCCCUGUCCUUGUAAAGCUCUAUGGAAAUGAAAUAAGUGUUGCUUCAGGAACCACCAUCCUGAAAACGCUAUCUUUUAUUCCUUUUUCUUGCUGGUAUUGAACAGUAGAUUUUAUAUUUUCUAUCACCCGAUGCACAAGCAGAACCUCACAGAGAAAGCAAGCCAAAGAUGCUUUCUUGCACCCUCCAGCCCUUAACGCCCUCAAACAUUUGUGACACGUUUUUACUUGUUAUGUGGUUUUGCACUUGCGUGUCUCAGGCCAGCUUCCACUUAAACUCCGCCAUGGUCUUGGGUAGCUCAGAAGCUAUAAUUAAAGUGAGCAGAAUCAUGUCCGACUGCUUUUGUGUUGGACUGUCAGAAUUGGGAAUCAAAGGUUCUGUGCUUUUAUCUUUGAAGCAAAUGAAGUGACUCCAAAUGAAUGAAUGCUCCCUUUUUAAAAGAAAAAAUAUUGACAUUUGAUAUGCAUGCAAAAUGGAGUCACAACAUUGAAGUAGCUUAUCUUAAAUGUCUUGUCUACCCAACCCUUGUUUAGAAGUAAGUAUACUGAGUGUAACUCUGCAAUCAGUGGUGAUGUCCUUUCUUGUCACCCUUUUCCUUUUGUGUGUUUUGUUGGGCUGGCAACCUCUGGGGUUAAUGUUUUUCCUCCUUUGUAACUUUUUGGGUUUGUUUCCUCUGUGUGCCUGUUGCCCUAGUGACGAAGCACAGCAUCAUUCCACUCAGACCAUCCUCUUGAGUGCUCUUGUUGUAGUGAAUAACAUAGGCAUGGUGAAUUACGUCUGACAGUUACUCACUAAACUCCUACUUAAAAAUCACUUCACUGACUUUGUUUCCAUCUUGAAGGUCCAGAGCUCAUACGUUGCACCCCUAUAACACAAUGCGAAAAGCAUUACUCAAAAAUGAGUCGUGCAGUAUUUUAACAGACAUUUGAGGAUGGUUCAAGAUUAUAUCACUGUAGGUGUAACAAAUCCUAUAAAAUCACACUUUGAUGUUAAACUGGAGGCAAAGCUACUUUAGACUUACAGCACAGAAACAGACCCUUUGGCCCAUUAAGUCAGUACUGGCGCCUUUACCUGCAUGAGCCAUCUAACCUAACCUAGUAGAAGUUUGAACAUAACUGCAGACCCAUUGGUUUUUCUCCCAUUCCUGAGGGAGUGCUAUGUUUUGUGGAUGGAGAAGGCAAUGGAGCACUGUUUGGGGAGUGGCUCUCUGUGUGUUAUGUGUAGCAUGAGACCCUAAAGCUCCUCAUAAAGACCAGGUGACCUCUUCAGAAUGGCUCGAAUUUGCCCAAAAGUUCCAAAAGUGGGGGCACAGCUAAGAAGUGAGAGGAAAAACUAGUGUAACAUUCACAGCUUUUACAAAGAAAAAAAACACAGCAUAUUGGAAUCAAAAUUGGAAAGAUUGGACUAAUGUUGGACUUUGGUCUUUGUUUACUGAGGGCAAGCUGGUUAAGCAUAAUUUCAAUAAUGCAUAUUUCUGAAAUCUGGAAACAUCCCAUUGCUUAUUAAUUUGCAACAACCCUUCAUCAUGUUGAAAGAGUUCCCACAAACUCGGGUCACUAGAAUUUUAAAGUGAGAUUUGAGAUUUUCAUUGUGUCAUGUGAAUGUGUAAUUAAAAUGACUGAAUUACUCCAGGACCAUAAUUUAAUUAUUAUCUUCUGAGAGUGUGCAACACUUGCAUUUUGCCCUAGGAGGAAUUACCUGCCUGACAUUGCUGAUUUGUUGAGCCUAUAGUGGUACCCUGUGCAUCAAACACUGGCAAAGGUACAGGUACCUUACAGAAUCCAUGUCCAGAAUUUGACUGGAUUUUUACAAGGGUUGGAUUCCACACAGACAUCAAUUCAUGGCCAUUGAGCCAAAAUUCCAGUUCUGUUCGCAUUUAGACUCUGUCAGUCAGGUGUUUUGCACCAUUUACUGUUCCAUUGAGAUGUAAGGUGCAAGAUGUUGGCUUUGCAAGGGCAGCAGUUAGUAGCACUGUCUCCAAAUGUGAGAUCUACUUUUAGUUAAAACUAUGUGAUUAGUGAUAACUAUAUCAACUAUUACCCAUUAUUCUGUCUGUUAAACUAAGUCAUCAGGGAAGUUACUCGAGCAUGCAAUAGAUUUCUUAGAAAAAAUGUAUUAGAACAGAAAUUAAUUUUUGACACUGAGUUAGUUAUUUUGAAUUUGUACAUGGCAACAUGGUGGCUCAGUGGUUAGCACUGCUGCCUCACAGUAUCAGGGACCUGGGUUUGAUUCCAGCCUUAGG